GCAUAGCAGAUAAGAUUACGGAGGGAGGGACAGAACAAGAGAAAACAGACUGCUUUUUCCAGGGGAGUGGCAAUGACAAGCGCUACAGUUACAGCAGCAUCCACACUCUCAUGGCUUCACAGCUUUGGAGGAACCCAAAACGAGGCAGCAAAAGCAGCAGAAAAAAACAGGGUCUUCGUGGUUUUUGCCCAGAAGAAAGCUAAAAAGACUCGAAAGAUAAUGUUGAAGGAGGAUGUGGAAUACCUGGGGAAAAAGGGGCAGCUUUUGGACGUGAAAGCUGGGUAUUUCAGGAAUUAUCUUUUGCCUAUGGGAAAAGCCCAGAUUAUCACUCCUGCUUUGCUCAAGGAAAUGAAAGUGGAGGAGGAAAGAAUUGAAGCAGAGAAGCAAAGGGUAAAAGAAGAGGCACAACAGCUUGCUGUAAUAUUUGAAACUGUUGGAGCUUUUAAGGUGAAGCGAAAAGGUGGAAAAGGAAAGCAAAUUUUCGGAAGUGUUACCGCUCAAGAUCUUGUAGACAUUAUCAAGGCACAGCUUCAAAGGGAUGUAGACAAGAGAAUUGUUUCUCUUCCAGAGAUAAGGGAAACAGGAGAAUAUAUUGCAGAGCUGAAGCUCCACCCUGAAGUUACUGCUCGAGUCAGAGUUAAUGUUUUUGCUAACUGAAGAUAAGUUCCUCCCUGAAAAUGGGGAAGCCAGCUCUGACAGCCACCUUGCAUCAAUCUAGGGAGGAGGUACAAGAUCCGGGGCAACUUCAAAAGGGUGUUUGUAGAACAUGUAUUAACUUU